UACAACUGCUGAAAUUGUGAAGGGUCGGUCACAGUUUUUGUCUUGGUUUGAUACAUUUGAUGAUUAAAUUCAACAUGAUUGCUGGUUAGGGAUUAUGCAUGUAGUCAACAUUUGAUGGUAGAGGAAUCGGAAUCAAACAACAGAAGAGACUACAUGAUUUUCAAAGGACACUUGGAAACCCCAUCAUGUUUGCAACACCAGGACGACAUCAGCUAGUGGACAAGGAGAAUGUUGGUGCAGAGACCAAGACACCAGGGAAGUCUUUGAACCCUGUAACCCCAGCAAGGAAACCCCUCUCAUGUCUCAACCAAGACCUAACUACAACCAAGUUACAUCAUGGCAUUUCCCUCCCAGGGAAUUCCAUUCAGAAGAUAUGGACACCCAUGGAAGCCUGUACUCCAAGGGGUUCAAAGUCAUCCAACAAGAAAAAGCAAAGCGAAAAAAACAGAAGGAAGAGCCGAGGUCCUUCGUUGGGUACAUCUUCAUCAAGCUCUGGCAGUAAACUAAGAAUCCAGAGUGUAACCGAGGCAGCUGAAUCUCUUCUUAAUGAAGUUUUACUGAACGAGAUUACCAAUGUGUCUCAUUCUACACACAAGAUGUACAAUGUACCAGAGAGUUCUAUCCCAACUGACGGGGACAAUCAACUGGCUUACGCUGCUGCCAACCUGGUUGAAAGUACACUUGAAGCUGCAAUGAUAGAGUUGAUUGAUGAAGAACAGGCAGCAGUUACAAUCUUGCCUGUCUGUAAGAACAUGAUUGAAAGUGACUCUUCUUCCAUUAUUGCAACACCAUCUACUGAGCAAUUAUGGAGCAUUGCUCUUGGAUUUGAAGACAGUUCUGACGAUAUUCCACACAGAGCCACAUGUGUAUUUGACACACCCAUUAGGGAUUCAACUGAAAUAUUGAACAUCGAUUCAACACCCAUGGGAGUGAGUGACUUUUCACUGUACACACCAACGAUGGCUAGUCAAGAAUGCUUAGGCAGUGGUAUUGUGGAGAGGAACACUGAAGUGACACCUGCUAGAUCUAUGGACUCUGGUACAACUCCAAUCAAGUCAGCUGAGAUUGGUCUAGGCAUAGACCAAACUUUAGUAGCAGAUUCAUGUAUGGGAACCACUCCAGUGAAAUCCAACGAUGCCAACUUUGGUACCACCCCAGUGAAAUCCAUUGAUGCCAACUUUGGUACCACCCCAGUGAAAUCAUCUGAGAUUGGUCUAUGCACAGAUCCCGCACAAACAAUUGACUCAUGCAUUGGAACCACUCCAGUGAAAUCCAACGAUGCCAACUUUGGUACCACCCCAGUGAAAUCAUCUGAGAUUGGUUUAGGCACACACCCAGCACAAACAAUUGACUCAUGCAUCGGGACCACUCCAGUGAAAUCCAAUGAUGCCAACUUUGGUACCACCCCAGUGAAAUCAUCUGAGAUUGGUCUAGGCACAGACCCAGCACAAACAAUUGACUCAUGCAUCGGGACCACCCCAGUGAAAUCCAUUGAUGCCAACUUUGGUACCACCCCAGUGAAAUCAUCUGAGAUUGGUCUAGGCACAGACCCAGCACAAACAAUUGACUCAUGCAUCGGGACCACCCCAGUGAAAUCCAUUGAUGCCAACUUUGGUACCACCCCAGUGAAAUCAUCUGAGAUUGGUCUAUGCACAGAUCCCGCACAAACAAUUGACUCAUGCAUUGGGACCACUCCAGUCAAGUUAGCUAAGAUUGGUCUAGCCACAGACCCAACACCAAUCACUGAUUCCUGCAUUGGUACCACUCCUAUUAAGAUUGCAGAGAUGUCUGUUGGCACUAGCCCUCUUGUGACAGCUGAUGUUCAGUGUGGGAUGUCUCCAGUGUACCUCACCGAUACACAAUGUGGUAGUACUCCAUACUGUAUGAAAGAAGUGGGUACAGCUAUUACACCAGUAACACUCAAUGUAGCAGGGACACUAACAUCACCCAUUGUAGUUCCAGCAUUUAGACUGGACGCAGAGAGCCCAAGUCAGCUUGAUCAAGCCAGCCUUCUAAGCCACAUGGAAUCAGCUUCAAUCAGUAAUGAGCUACUACGCUGUGAGCUUCACAACCUUAAAGCUAACCAGGCUGACUUACACAGCCAGCUAGACGUGGCAAAGAGACUUCUUGAACAGAAGGAGGAAGUAAGUAAGAAGGAACAUCUAGAACAGAGGGAGAAGGUUGUCAGGAAAGAACUGCCUGUACAUCAGGAGGAAGUUCAGCGUAAGACAAAGGUGUCUUCAAGGAAGGAUAGAGAUGAAGGACUAUUGAGUCAAAUUGGUGAACAGAUGAACCAGAUUGGCUUCCUUCAAGAAACCUUAGACCAGAAAUCAUCAGAGUUGACAGCAGCACAUCAAGAUAAAGCCAAUCUUAAAGAUCAGUACAGAAGAGAAAUUCUCAAUCUACAACAAGAUCUAAGGAGUGCAUAUAAACAGCACCAGCAAGAGAUUUCUGAACUCCGUUCCCUCCAUGAACAGAGCAAUUAUGAACCUCAUUAUAAGAGAGCUUUGGCCACCGUUACAGAACUCCAGAUAGAGGUUCAGGCUUACAGAGACCUGAAAGAUACACUAGACAAAGCAGCGGAGGUACAGGCACAGUUUGGAUGUAUUGAAGAGGCCUACAGUCUGCUAAAUGCUUUAUUUACAAGAACAAUGGAGAAGAAAGAUCAACUUGAAAUGCAGCAUUCUGAGAUGGUUAAUCAAAUGAAGGAAACCAACGAUGAGAAUAAGGAGUUGAAACUACAGCUGGCUACAGCUAAGGAACAGGAGCAACAACUUCAAACUGAGUUAGAAGACACCAUCAAGGCUGAGAAGGAUGCUCUUGAGGUUCAAGGAUUACUGAUGAAAGAUCUAGAUACAAACUCACAUGCCAUGGCAGGGGUUAACGGAGAGCUUCAUGCAACAAAACUUGAGUUGUUUGUUUUCAAAGAUGACUUUACAUCCCUAAAAGUCAGAUAUGACAACCUCCAGAAACAGAGUGUGAGUCACUUCUUGGACAAGACUUCCAUGGAGGCUGCCCUCGCUGUUCAAGGCAAACAGUGGCAAGAUACAAUGACCAGUAUGAAAGAAUCACACUCCAAAUAUGAAACGGAAAUCCACAAUCUUACCCUAGAGAACACAAGACUCUCAGCAGAAGUGAGUGUCUUAACGCAUGAGCUCAGCAGUAGCAAGAACCAAAUCUCUGCUAUGGAGUCUGAGAAUGAGAUAUCUGAAGAAAUGUUGCAGAGAGUAAUGAAGGAGGUAGAAUCCUUAAAGACUGAACUAGAAUCAACCAGAGAGGCAAAGGCUGGGGCUAAGAGACUUGCAGGUCAAAUUCAGACACUCCGCAAGCAAUUUAAGGAGAACAUUGAGUUUCUAGAGGAAGAAAGAGGAGCAUUGGUUGAAUCAGCUCAUGAGACUGAAGUGCAGCUCAAGAUUGAAACAUUGGAACUAUCUCGUCUCAAGGUGGCGCUAUACAAUGCUGAGGAGACUAACUCAAAAUGGAAAAGUGCUGCUGAAAAUCUCAGUGAGAAGCUACAGGUUUACCAGAGUGAAUUGGAUAAUACUAAAGCCCACGCUCACUGGAUGAUUAUCAAUCAAGUAACUGAGAUGAGAGAAGCUGGAGAAGAAUUAGCUAGUCUGGUCUCUAGAAUGCAGAACAUCUACUCUUACCUCAAUAUCAAUGCUGGUCACCAAGAGGUUACUGUCGAUCAGACCAAAGACACUCAUCAAACAUCGAUGCCCAAAGCCACAAAGACUAACACCAACACCACAAAUGAACCCAGACCAUCGCAGAAGUCUGGAUCUCUAGUGGCUUCCAUACUCUGUGCUGUUCAGUCUAAAGACAGCCAAUCAGAGGCACUCAAUGCUGUCCAGUCUAAAGACAGCCAAUCAGAGGCUACAAGCUCACCAGACAAACAUCUCAAUGAAGACAUCCAACGAUCACGUACUCCAAGCCCCUUAGAUAGGAGGCUCACCAUUGGUGGAUCAACUAGUAGUGCAUUCUCUACAGUGCAAACAUCCGCCAAUCAGGAUGCUGCUUCUAUUGAUGUUUCUCCCCCAGUAGAAGGAAGACAGAGUAGUGAUGACAAUGUGCUAUUGGGGGUUCAGGUUGAUAAAGUAAAGGAGCAAUUUGGAAAGUUGUUGCAAUUAUUGAUGACAAGGAUCGAGGACUUGGAGUCUUCAGCACAGCACCUUGAACAUGAGAAGACCGAGUUGAAUUCUGAGCUUCUUAAAGCUAAGAAGCAGCAUGACCAUGAGGUAUGCCUCAUCUGUGAGCAGCUUCGUGAAUCUGAAAUGCAAGAGAGACGACUAAGACAAGAAGUGUCUAAUGGUAAGACAUCACUGAGUGAGUUCCAGCAGGCUCUACAAUAUUCGCAACAACGUCUACAAGAAAUGGCUGAUAACCUCGGAAGAUUCUCCGAUCAGAAGUCAAUUAUUGAGAAGCUUCAAAGUGAAUCCGUCAAGCUAAACGGCACUCUCAGACUUGCCCACAGGGAGAAGGCCCUAUUACAAGAACAGCUUGACUCCAUUCUAACUGGCUCUUCUCAAUCCAGCAGUGAAGGAGCAGAAUGUCGGAAAGUACUACCACAGGAAACAGUUCCUAAUAGCAAACUCAUCAAAGAAAACAUCGGCCUUAAGAAAGAUAUGGAGAAAAUCCGACUUCGUUUGAUUGAGCGUAGAGAUCACUAUGAGGCACUGAACACCAGAGCAACACGACAUGUUCGAGUGUUGGAAGAAAACUGGCAUAAAGCUGAUGCUGAAGUAUACCGUCUGGAUGAACUCUUUGAUCAAUGCAAACAAUUGAUGGAGCAAGUUCCCACAUCAAGUAAUGAGAAUCCACACCUGGUAACAUUGAGGGCACUGUUCACAUGAAUCUAGAAGCGCUACACAGCCUAGUCAUACUUCAACAGUGAGUGCGUUUUAAGAGCGUUUUACUCUCUGCAUGAUUUCUUGGUCAUCUCUUUGAUAUUGGAAUUUUGUUAUUUUUUAGAUGUUAUGCACAUUUUACUUGAUUUUGUACAAACAGUAAGUAGUUCAGUAGGUUUGUGUUCCUGUUUAAUUGUUAAUAUUAUAAGUUAGUUUGAAGAAGUCUAACCUGUAAAAUAGUGGCUGUAAACCUAAACAUGAUUCUCAUCCAAACUUUAGUUUGCUUAAUUUGGGAGGAAUUCCAAACCAUAACAAUAAAUAAAUGAAUUGUUCAACUUUCUCUCCAACCGAAUUCAUUUAAGUUUUUAUUGUACAAAAAUUAAUGCAGCUUUAGACAAAUCAUUUGAGAUAUAUAAAGACGUAAACAAAUUUUUUUACAAAAGGUGAGACUUGUUGAUGUGUUUUAGAAGAUUUUGUCAUCACAUGUUUGAGUGAACAGAUAAUCGAUGGUUCAAGGUUUAACCCGAAAUGAAAAGUGUUGUUCAGCAUAGAAUCCCUAGACAGUUUUACUGGUCUUGAACCAAUGUUUUGAAAGUGUUUCCUGCAAAUAAGUUUUAAUCGUAAGAGUUGUUCUCGUUAUCCAAUAUUUCUUUCUCUAUACAUGUUAUUUAUUAUCAACAAAGUUUGAAAGGUAAUGUUAGAUGUUACUUCAAUUAAGUUUUGGUUUAAUGCAUUUAAGCAAAUAUCAGUCUGUGUUGUUAUUAUAGCAAGACAUACUAGUGAUGGGACUCGGUGCCUUUUUGAUGAUACAAACAUAGGGUAAGGAUACUCUAUGAUACAAACAAGGAAUUUGGCAAAGAGUUUGCUUUGAGACAACUAUUUGUAGGUAGAAUAACAAAUAAAACAAUUGCAGCCAUUUUGGAAAUUGCCUGUGGGCCUAUUCUACCUAUAAUUUUUCAAAAUUCAAAUCUGCAAUGGGCCAAUAGCCAAAUAUGGUCAUACAUGUAAUAACAUGCUCUGACUGUGUGACAUAUUAAAUGCUUGUAUCUUACAAGGAACAAUUCCCCCUAAUAUUUCACAAUGUGAUCCACUUGUAUUUCCACGUUAACUUAGACAGGUGUACGGUACAUGUAGAUAUUUCUCAUAAACCAAAAACAACAAAUAAUUCUUAUUUGAGCUUCUGUAAUGAAUGCAACGGGCCAAAGGAAAAGGAUUUUAUCUAUACUAAACAUUCUGGCAAUUCAAAAACAAUAUUUGAUUUUGAUAGUUUUCAACAACAACUCCAGGGAAAACAAUUGUAUUAAAAGAACUGUAAAAUUAGCCACUUAUGGAAUAGGACUCUAUAGAGCAGUAGGAUUUUAUUUCUCUGUCAAAUCGUAAAUUGACUUAGCCAGUAAUGUACAUGUACAUGUAUCACUCAAACUUAAUAAAUCACAACCAGUGGAAGAGAAGUAACAAUAAACCAUAUCAAACUGCUAAAUAUGUGUGUGAUAAAUGAGUGUUUUAAUGAGAUACAUUUAAGUUCAAUUGCAAAUUUUUUAAAUAGUUGGUUUCUUAUAUAUAACCCUUUAAUAUUGGACUUUGUAAAUUCAGCUGACUGGACCAGGCUACUUGGACAUUAAGUAAAAUGAGUCAAAAUUAACAUAAACAUGUAACGUGUACGUGUAUGUUAUCAUGUAUACUGUAUACAGAAAAAAAGUGUUGGGUAACCGUGUUGGUUAGUAUGGGCUUUUUGUCACACUACAGCACUGAUACAUUCUUUGUUUAUACUGUGCUGGACUGUAUACAUGUACAUGUAUUAACCUUGGUUGAAGUUGUUUCCUUCAUUGCAUCUGAUGAAGUUGUUGCUAUGGAAGCUCAUGCAGAUAUAUAACAAGAAAGUCAUAGUUAAUAGUAAAAAGCAGGUUAAUAGCAAAAAGUCUCCCAAACCCCCGAUUAUCUACUCCGCGGCAGUAGAAUACAGCAAGACAGUUCUCUAAGAACAAACUCUACCUGGCAAGUAGAUACACACAUGGUGUUACCACAAACCAAAUACAUGUAUACAAGAUAGUCAUUAAAGUGCAACAAUUGAUAAUUACCUCAGUACUAUAUAUACAGUACACAAGCAUUUUUGACUUGGAGGAUUGUUUUAUAACCAACAAACUGAGUCAUAAAACUGAACUAGUCAUUAGCAAUUAAUACUCCAGUAACAUAUCACUCAAUCCAAUACUAAGAUUGCUUGAUUAAUUGCUUCAUACAAACUGAUAGAUGAGAUAUCAACUAAGAUUUGCUAAUCAAAAGGCUCUUCAUGCUUUACUUACAUGCAGUUACUUCAUGCAAGCGGUUUACGUUUUGUUUCUUACUGUACACAAGGAAUUUAUUUUUAAAGUAACAUAUUUUAAACAAAAUUUUAUACCUACAGACUGUAAACGUAAAGAGGGGGAAAAUUUAGGGGAAAAUAAAAUUCACCUUUAAAGCAAAAUAUUAGAAACUAAUUUAAAAUCAUCUUCAGAAAGAGAAUUGUUUCUGGACAAUAAAUGUAUCUCAAAGAAUUUGCCUUAACAGCGA